AUGGCUAGAACAAGAUCUGCUGGUAGCUCAAGAAAAAGUACCCCUGUUAAUACUCCAACAAAACAAAAAAAAUUUCAAAGCAAUCCCAAAAAUAAGCAAAAUGAAGAUAAAUCAUUAAUACCUCAGGAUAGAAUCAUCAACGCCAUCACUCAAUUGAACAAGUUUACAUCUUCUUCCGAUGAUGCUAGUGAAGACAAAAAAUCACAAUUAUUAGAGGAUGAUGAGUUAUCUAAAUCAGUUAACUUAAUUGCUGUUAACGCAACAUCCUUUUCUGGAUCUUCCAAAAAUUUCAAAUCUAAAUUAUUGACCAUCAAGAACUCCUUCUAUAAGCCAUGGAAAGCAUCCAGUACUACCUCCAUCAAAGAUUUCAAAACUCUUUUAAUCUUAAAGGACUCUGACAUGAAGAAUGUCACCGAAGAUGACGUGUACGAUAAAUUAAAUGAAUUUGGAAUCACCAUUGAUGAAAUCGUCUGUGGUAAAGAUUUGAAAACGAAAUAUAAAGCUUUUGAAGCUAGAAGAGCCUUCAUUUCUGAAUUCUCUUUGAUAUUAGCUGAUGAUAACAUAGUAACCACUUUGCCAAAAUUACUAGGUGGUAAAGCUUACGAAAAAAUUGAGACUACUCCAAUCCCAAUAAGGUGUUAUGCUAACAAGGAAUUCUCAUUGAAGGCCUUAACAAAUAGUAUUAAGAAAGUAUAUCUGACUCAAUUGCCUGUUAAACUGCCAAGAGGUACCACAAUGAAUGUCCAUUUGGGUAAUUUGGAAUGGUUUAAACCAGAAGAGUUAGCUACAAAUAUUGAAAAUAUUACCGAAAGUCUAGUUAAAAAUUAUAAGAUAAGAGCUAUUUUCAUUAAGAGUAAUAAAUCUCCUGUAUUACCAUUAUAUUAUAAUCAAGAUGUUAUCGAUGAAAUUACUGUAUCGGCAACUGAGAAGAAGACAAAGGAAAACGAAAAAGACUUCGUCAAUAUCGAUGGUGUCGAUAUUCAUCUAUCUAACUUUGACAAGGCUUUGAUGGAAAUUGCAAAUCCAGCGGAGUUAGGAACUGUUUUCGAAAAGCAAAUCGAAUCAGUAAAGAGAAAGAGAGCUACCUUAGAAGAUAGCAAAACGAAAGAAGAAGAAGAAAAGAAUGAAGAAAAGAAGGUUGAAAAAGCUCCAAAGGCAAAGAAAGCCAAGAAAUAA